CAUGCUCCGGACAUCCAGUUCCGCAUUGGCAAAUAAAACAAUUCCACGGUCCUGACCAUCUCCGUCCACUGGUGCGAGCAAAGAUGGCACGGGUCCUCCUCCUCGUGCUGGCCGCCUCGCUCGUUGCGCUGGCGUCGUCCAAAGGCCUUCCGGUGCUCGCGCCGGUCACCAAGGACACCGCCACCUCCCUCUACACCAUCCCCUUCCACGACGGCGCCAGCCUCGUCCUCGACUUCGCCGGCCCGCUCGUCUGGUCCACGUGCGAGGGUAGUCAGCCGCCGGCGGAGAUCCCGUGCAGCAGCCCCACCUGCCUCCUCUCCAACGCCUACCCCGCCCCGGACUGCCCCGCGCCAAGCUGCGGCAGCGACAGGCACGACAAGCCGUGCACGGCGUACCCAUCCAACCCGGUCACCGGCGCGUGCGCCGCCGGGAGCCUCUUCCACACGAAGUUCGCAGCCAACACCACCGACGGGAAUAAACCGGUUAGCGAGGUGAACGUCGGGGUCCUGGCGGCGUGCGCGCCGAGCAAGCUCCUGGCGUCGCUGCCCCGGGGCUCCACGGGCGUGGCCGGGCUCGCGAACUCCGGCCUAGCGCUGCCGGCGCAGGUGGCGUCCACGCAGAAGGUCGCCAACAGGUUCCUCCUCUGCCUCCCCACGGGCGGCCUUGGCGUGGCCAUCUUCGGCGGCGGCCCGCUCCCGUGGCCGCAAUUCACGCAGUCCAUGGACUACACCCCGCUCGUCGCCAAGGGCGGCAGCCCCGCGCACUACAUCUCGCUCAAGUCCAUCAAAGUGGAGAACACCCGCGUCCCCGUAUCGGAGCGGGCGCUCGCCACCGGCGGCGUGAUGCUCAGCACGAGGCUGCCCUACGUCUUGCUCCGCCGCGACGUGUACCGCCCGUUCGUGGGCGCGUUCACCAAGGCCCUGGCGGCCCAGCCUGCCAACGGAGCGCCCGUGGCGCGCGCCGUGAAGCCUGUGGCGCCGUUCGAGCUCUGCUACGACACGAAGUCGCUGGGCAACAACCUCGGCGGGUACUGGGUGCCGAACGUUGGGCUGGCAGUCGACGGCGGGAGUGACUGGGCGAUGACCGGGAAGAACUCGAUGGUGGACGUCAAGCCGGGGACGGCGUGCGUUGCGUUCGUGGAGAUGAAGGGGGUGGAGGCCGGCGACGGCAGGGCGCCGGCGGUGAUCCUCGGAGGAGCCCAGAUGGAGGACUUCGUGCUCGACUUCGACAUGGAGAAGAAGCGGCUCGGGUUUCUCAGGCUGCCGCACUUUACGGGUUGCGGCAGCUAGAGCUUUCACUGCCUGUAAUAAUAAGUCUGUUUAUUACUGUACAAUGUACUUCGUCGACUACGGCAUGUAAUAAAUAAGUUCUUUUGGACAUUCAAGACCAAAUUACUUCA